CAAUCUGAGACAUCCUGUACAAAAAGAAAAAACAAAUACGAAUACGAAGUGCAUCCGAUUUAAAUUUACCGCGCAUCAAUGUGCAGUUAGUGCAUUGGAAUGCAGCAAUGGCGGUAAAAUAUUACCAUUAAUCAAAUGACUCAGUGAUUGUGGCAUUCGCGAACGCGUUGAAUACCUUACUUCAAGUAUAUAUUGACAUAUUUAUUUAAAAAAUAAGUUAAAUACCUAUCCAUGAAUCCAUUUGUGUACAAAUACAUACGUGAAAACAAUAAAAGCUGAUAAAACUAUAUUUAAUGGACUUGUCUGAUACUAUGCUGCUUCGUAAGCAAUAACGUGAAUGUAGGUUAGAUUUCAUACAAAACACUCGUAAUCAAAUAUUGUUCAAAAUCUACUAUCCAUAAUAAUUCACAAAAGAAAAUUAUCAAGCACAACUGUAAACUAUGUUUGAAAUCACGGAUACACAAAAAAUUGGAGUUGGGCUUGCAGGAUUUGGAAUAUCAUUUUUAUUCCUUGGAAUUUUAUUAUUCUUUGAUAAAGGCUUACUUGCAAUUGGGAAUCUCCUUUUUAUUUCGGGUCUGGCUUGCGUCAUUGGACCACGAAGGACUUUAAGCUUCUUUUUCCAAUGGCACAAAAUCAAAGCCAGUGCAUCCUUUUUAGGUGGUAUUUUUGUUGUACUGAUGGGUUGGCCAAUUGUUGGAAUGAUUAUAGAAACUUAUGGUUUCAUACUGUUAUUCAGUGGCUUUUUACCAGUAGCAAUAAGCUUUUUGAGAAGAGUUCCUAUACUAGGAACCAUACUCAAUAUGCCAGGUCUUAGUCGAAUUUUAAAUAAAAUAGCUGGUGAUACAAACAGAACAACGGUAUGACCUACUUCAAGUUUUCAUAUCAUAUUGGUGUAUAUAAAAGUAAUUGUGUCAUGGUGUAUCCCUAAUUUGUCAUUCCUUCUAUGAACUUUUUCAAACUUUGUACAAACAUGUAAAAGGGUUUAAUAUCUCUUUUACAUUAUUUAAGUAUUAAAUAUAAGACCAAUUGUACUAUAUUUCCUCUUUUUAAUGUUAAAAUUAUAAGAUAAGAUACCA